CGGCUUUCACUCUGCUCUAGCAGAACUUUCACCAUAUAAGAUGCUGGAAGGUUGAUUUUAUCACCAAUGGGGUCUUCAAAACAGUUGCAGAAUAAAAGGGCUAUCGAUUUCUUUACAUGUCAGCUGAGUGCACAACAAUUCGCAAACGUCACAUAGUUCUUCACUGGACAUCAAAAGGUUGCGCAGACAAAAUCUACCUGCCAUGCGAAGUAAUCUGUCCGCAUGAUUGAAAUAAUUUAUCUUUCCUUCGAUCUCUUACUGACAUACAUACUCUUUCGACAGACAAUACUGAGCAGAAGUUCGGCGCUGGCGGAGCAUAGAAGCUAAUCAUGAGUUCCUCUGCAAAAUACCUACAUUCUCGCUCCUCUUCUAAAUCGCGUUCUUUUUACGCGCUACCGGACAACAUGUCAACAGCUUCUCAAAUCAUUCGUGAGUCACGGGAAUGGCUUCAGGCAGUCUCUACGCAGAGGCCUAUCACACCUUUGACGCAUGCCCGCUCACUUUUCGGCCAGCCGUUUUGCAAUGAUAUUCUAAGUCGACCUUUGAGCGCUAUCAAACAGAGUGGUACUAAUUCCGACCAACUUGAUUCAACGAACUCGCUCAUUUGUCCUACGCAAAAGCCUCAAGAAGCACGAAAAAUUACCCAGAACAGAAAUGAAUCGAUGCAACAGACAAGCGCCGGUGCACCAAUCGAUGUCGGUCCUCACAUCUUGCAUGCAUCAAACAAGUCAACGAGAACCAAGAUUUCAAGUGGAUCCAAUGCAAAACAACGACAAGUGAAAGCAGAUUUAUUGACUGACCGGCCCGAGUUCCAUCUGCAAGGCAGAAAUGUGAAACUACUGACACCUGCAUGGCCGAAAAUAACUUCGCCAAAUCCACCUUGCAACCUGCAGCAGGAGACACCUACCAGGGACCUAAGGUCUGAACUAAACUGCUCUGGAUACAAGUUGGUGGCCGAGACGCCGUUUCUAGCAAGAAGCAAUCGGCACCGCGGAAUGACUGGAUCGUUUCAAGCCUCUAUGAGAAGCGAACUGCAACGAAAUGAGACGAGAUCCAACGAAACUGCUGUUUGGCCAAAACCCGCUGUGAACCGUGUGCUCUCUCCCACAGGAGGCCGCACCUCAUCGUCCGCGGGAUCCUCAUUUCCCCUCCUUCCUAUGCUGAAACCUAACAUUCCAGUGAAUGGAUUGGACCUUCAUAGUGGGUUGGAUGUCCCACUUCAGCGACCAGCCACAGACUCAGGCUACAGAUGUUCGACCGCAUCAGUCAGUAUGAAGGAAAAUGAAUCGGUCAAGGUGGACUGGACUGGGGCAACGCGUAAGAUUCGUUCAGGGUGCUUUGCUGGCAAAAGAGCGUCUGUCCCAGGUGUGGGAAUGCCAAGCUCCCAAGCGAACUCAUCUGAACUUGGAGACUCUGGGUUGUCAUCUUGGACGGAGUUGGAUUACUUGGUUUCAGAAAUAAUGGAACUGUCAAACAUAAUUUUACCAUCAUGUGUCCACCGCGAUGAUAAGUCGGAGGUCUCACCAGCAGAUGGCCUUCGAUCUUUUGACACAUGUUCACUGCUUCCACAUGCGUCGAAGGCAGGUGACGUGACUGAGCCUACGGAAGACGAAAUCGUUCAACUCGUGGACCGCUUAUCUGCUUCUCUACAAUGUGGCGGACUAGAAAACAAAUCGGAUUGGCCUCAGCGCCCGCUGCUUUUGCAGGCCUUACUUACCCUGAUGGAUAACACAUCGGCUCGCCUACAACUGGCACUCAUCCGUGCAAUCCUGAUGAUCGGUGUAUCCGAUUCCAAAUUGGCUGAGGUCUGUAAAGUGUUGUACAAAGUGGCAAAAAACCCAUCGAACGACGACAUAUUCGUGCAAGACCCGGAAAAAUUUGGCAUUUUUUCCAUCGCGCUGCAGUGCACUCAGCUGUCUGCGAAUGCGACGACAACAGGCUCUCUCGAUGGGUUGGAAGCGCAACACGAAGCGCUGUUGUUUCUGUGCGGAGCACUAAAAUUCUUAUUCACAAGCCCGACCGUUGGAGCACUACUGAACUGCGAACCGUUGUUGAGUGCAAUUCUGCGUGUGCAUCAGGACGCAGAGAAGUGGUUGAGGUCUCAACAUUCGGAGAACACAGAAGGGUCACUGUUCAACGACAGUCGGAGAAAUCAAGUGGAACGAUUUUAUGGCAUUAUGUUUCAGAUUUCGGAGAUAUUUUGCCAUUUCUCCACUCGAAAAGAACCACGAUCGCAGUUUUUCACAUCCGAAGGAGUGAUGGACCAUAUUAUCGACUGCCUGCUCUACCGAUUAAACAGUCGUGGAGUUAAGGAUGCACCAUCUACUGCUAUUGGUAUUCCUUCUCCGAAAUCGGCUCAGUAUUUGGUUUUAUUCAACUGGAUCCGCCUGUUGGCAUGCUUGACGGAAAGUGCAGCGAUAUGUCGCCGUUUGACUGGUUGCUACGACAUGCUGUCUCCCACCAGUGAUGACAAGGGGUUUUGCAAUCCUGCUGAGGCACAUGGUCGGAUACAGGAACUGUGUAAGGCGAUGAUGACAGUUUGCGACCUGUUCCCGGCGGAACAAAUGGUGUCAUUUGUAUCAAAGCAUGUAUCAUCCUCACAAGUUUAUGCAUGUUUAUAUACAUUACCAGCCGAGGGAUCACAGUGCAAAUCAGGCGAACUGCUUCACAACUCUUUGGCCGGCUUGAAUAACGUCACAUACUACAUCAACGCCGAGUCCCCGCGGGUGGUGGCCACCCGGCAAUAUGCCAUCGCGGAAGUGCUACUUGGCAGCGUUCUGCCCGGGAACACAAAUCCGGACAUAAUCCUCGGUUGCAUACGUGUGUUUGGCAAUCUAUCCAGGCAGGCAUCCGUAAGGAAUUGGUUAUUGUAUAAUGGAGGAAAGACCUUACUUGAGGCAAUGAAUACCCCUCCAUCAACACAUGCUGACGAAAGAAAAGUGGAGAUUGAUGAGGAAUAUACCUUCCUUCAUUUCAUCACUCAAUUUCUGGACGCUGCGCGACCGGAGCUAGUCUACAGCACUUUGGGCGUGCUAAUCAACUUGAUGGCUGACGACGAGCAGAGACCCAUUUUCCGCAAACUGGGAGGACCAGCCAAGCUCCUAAAUGUCCUACGUGACUUCGCUGGAUAUGACUGGCAAUUAGCUGGUCUCGCGUGCAAAACAGUUUGGAACUACACAGAAACGCAGGAAGAGUCCAUCCAGCAAUUGAUUCCCGGUGAAACCUUGGACGAGCUGUACAUUUACCUAUCCGAAUUCACAGAUGAAGCCGUUGUGUCGCGUCUGCACCACAGCAUCAUUGCAGAAACAAACGCUGAGGCGGAUAGCGUGGAACUUUGGCAAACGGUGUGGUACAGUGAAUUUCUCCCGGUCGCAAGAGAGCUACUUUACCGCAUAGCACACACAUGA